AAGGAAGGCCAUCAUGGGAGCAUUUUUAGACAAGCCAAAGAUGGAGAAGCAUAAUGCCCAGGGGCAAGGGAAUGGGCUUCGUUACGGUCUGAGUAGUAUGCAAGGCUGGCGAGUUGAAAUGGAGGAUGCACAUACGGCUGUAAUUGGUUUGCCAAAUGGACUUGAUGGAUGGUCAUUUUUUGCUGUAUAUGAUGGGCAUGCUGGAUCACAGGUUGCCAAGUACUGCUGUGAGCAUUUAUUAGAUCACAUCACGAGCAACCAGGAUUUUAAAGGGCCAGAUGGGCCUCCAUCUGUGGAAAGUGUAAAGAGCGGCAUCAGAACAGGUUUUCUGCAAAUUGAUGAACACAUGAGAGUCAUCUCUGAGAAGAAACAUGGUGCAGACAGAAGUGGGUCAACAGCUGUGGGUGUCAUGAUUUCUCCCCAACAUACAUACUUCAUCAACUGUGGAGACUCGAGAGGUUUACUUUGUAGAAACAGGAAGGUUCACUUCUUCACGCAGGAUCACAAACCAAGUAAUCCACUGGAGAAAGAGCGUAUACAGAAUGCAGGUGGCUCUGUAAUGAUUCAGCGUGUGAAUGGCUCUCUUGCAGUUUCAAGGGCACUUGGGGACUUUGAUUACAAAUGUGUCCAUGGGAAAGGUCCUACAGAACAGCUGGUCUCACCUGAGCCUGAAGUUUAUGAAAUUGAGAGAUCAGAAGAAGAUGAUCAGUUCAUCAUACUGGCUUGUGACGGUAUCUGGGAUGUUAUGGGAAAUGAAGAGCUGUGUGACUUUGUAAGAUCCAGACUUGAAGUCACUGAUGACCUUGAGAAAGUUUGCAAUGAGAUAGUUGACACCUGCUUGUACAAGGGAAGUCGAGACAACAUGAGUGUGAUAUUGAUCUGUUUUCCGAAUGCACCAAAGGUAUCGCCAGAGGCUGUGAAAAGAGAGGCAGAGUUGGACAAGUACCUGGAAAGCAGAGUAGAAGAGAUCAUAAAGAAGCAGGGUGAAGGAGUCCCAGACUUAGUCCACGUGAUGCGUACGUUAGCAACUGAGAGCAUCCCAAACCUCCCGCCAGGGGGUGAAUUGGCAAGCAAACGGAGUGUGAUUGAAGCCGUUUAUAAUAGACUGAACCCCUACAGGAAUGAUGAUACUGAUUCUGCCUCAACUGAUGAUAUGUGGUAAAACUGCUCAUCUAUCUGUGGAGUUCACGUUUCAUCCUUCAAAUGAAAGUGCAGCCCAACCUCAGUGACCCUUCUUAACAUCCAUCCUCAACCUUAAUUAAAGAAGGGAAUAUGAUGUGUUGGUGAGAGUGACUACAGCAGUACGACAUCUAGCCCAGGAACUGAUCUUUUUUGUAAAACAGACUUCUGUAAACGUGAUUUCAAACCAUAAUUCAUGUUGUAAAUCAGACUCCAGCAAUUUAUGUUGUAUGAUUUUGUUUUUGUAAAGUGCAAUUGUCUUGUACAAAAUGCUCAUAUUUAAUUAUGAACUGCUUUAAAUCACUAUAAAGGUUAGAAGAAAUGUUUGGCUUGUGUGAUGCAACAAUAUAUAUCCCUUUAAUUCAUGUUGUGGUUUUGAAUUGCAAGGAGCAGCAGCCUAGCCAGCUAGGUGCUCAAGAGGUGCACAAAACUGUAAAGACAGCUUUUUGGUUGAUAUGAAAGCUGACUUAUGUGCAGCUUACCAGAAACUAUAGUGUGUGAAUUUGCUUGGCAAUUGAAAAGUAACUAAGUAGUGCACAUUCUUCAGCAAACGUGAAUUGUUUUCUUGGACGCACUCCUGCUCUCACACUGAGUUAAAGGGAGUUCUGAUUUUGACUUCAGUGGGAGUUAAAUCAUGCCCUAUUAAUAGUAUCGUGUUCAUACGUGUACGAACCUUGGGAUUAGAAUGCCUUGAUUCUUUGCACCUCUUUUUUCAUUAACCCUUAACUGAAACUACUAAUCAUUGAACACGAACAGACAGCUUUCUACA